UUCCAUUCUGAGAUGGGGAUGCAUCACAGGAAGCUUUUUUCAAGGCAGGAUGCCUGCAGUGACCAGUGUUACAAUGAAGACCCUUCUUGUUUGGGAAGAUCGGAUUGCAACGACUGCAUCAAAUGCUCGUCCACCCUGAAUCCUCCACCACCACACAGCAACCGUCACAUCCCCACCUUCUUGAUCAUCAUAGUUCCCGUCGUAUGCGCCGCCCUCUUUGCCCUCUUCUGCUACGUCAUCUACGCCAAGUUCUACUCCCCCAGGAGCAGGUCAAGGACCACGUUCUUCUCGUUAUCGUUUCCGUUACGGCUACAACAAGGACAGGAACGGAACGGCGACGACUUUCUGGAUGACGGAGAAGGCGCCACUACGGUGGACCACCCUAUCUGGUACAUCCGUACAGCGGGUCUGAACAAAACCAUCAUCGAGGCCAUCACGGUUCUGAAGUACAAGAAAGGCGAAGGGUUGGUUGAAGGAACAGAGUGCUCUGUUUGCUUGAGCGACUUUGAAGAAGACGACACCCUCAGGCUGUUACCCAAAUGCAACCACGCUUUCCAUCUCCCUUGUAUUGACACGUGGCUCGCAUCUCACACCAACUGUCCCAUGUGUAGGGCUCCCAUUGUUACCAACCCCAGAGCUUCUAGGCUUCCCUCCAUGGACCACCCUGCUACUCUUGUUGUUGAUUCCACUCCUCUCCAGAUUCGUGGAGACGCUGCAACAACGGAAGAAAACAGUGGCAGUGAGAUUGUGGAGAGGAAUGGAUCAGAGGAACAAGUUGAAGCUGAUGUUGAAGUUGCAACAAGGAACGUGCAGCCAAGGAGAUCGGUGUCUUUGGAUUCUUCUUCUGCUGCCAAGAUCAGCGCUGCUCUUGUUGCUGCUACUACUACUACUGUUGCAUCAGUGCAAGAAUCUAAAGGGAAUUCAAAGAGGAUUGCUGCUUCUGCAAAAGGUAGUAGUUCAUCAUCUUCUUCUUCUUCUUCGAGUGCGCCUAGUUCAAUGAAGAGAUCACGCUCCUUCAGUGGGAAACACGUGCUAUCCUGGUACGGCCGCAACCACAACCAGAACCAGAAGAAGACGAAUCCUCCAGUCAGAAGCUUUUGAUCUUGAAAUGAUCAUAAGUGUUUGUGAGUUAUGGCGGUUAACAACCCAGCACGCAAGAGUAUCGAGGUCAUGAUCAAGUGUAAUACACAAUUACAGUCACAAUUCACAAACAAUGAGUUUUGUGCCUUCUGUAUGUAUGUAAGUUAUGGUUUUAUGCAGAUUUAGUAAAUAAAAAUAUUAACCAUGAAGCAAGAACUUGAUUACAUUGUAA